UUCUUCGCCUUCGACUGCCCCUUCCUUGCCAGUCACCUGACCUUGGCCAUCCCCAUCAUCGCAGCCAUCCUCUUCUUCUUCGUGGUCAGCUGCCUGCUCCAGACAAGCUUCAGAGACCCAGGAAUCCUGCCCAGAGCCACCCCCAGUGAGGCUGCAGACCUGGAAAAGCGAAUUGACAGCAUGGGGACCUCCACCUACCGCCCCCCAGCCCGUACCAUGGAGGUGGUCAUCAACAAGUACGUGGUGAAGCUCAAGUACUGCUACACCUGCAAGAUGUUCCGUCCCCCACGCACCUCUCACUGCAGCGUCUGCGACAACUGCGUCGAGAGAUUUGAUCACCACUGCCCCUGGGUGGGCAACUGCGUGGGGAAACGCAACUAUCGCUACUUCUAUGCCUUCAUCCUCUCCCUCUCCUUCCUGACAGCCUUCAUCUUCGCCUGUGUCGUCACCCACCUCACUCUGCGCUCUCAGAGAGAUGGAUUCCUGGCCACGCUGAAGACGACACCCGCGAGUGUUCUGGAGCUGGUGAUUUGUUUUUUCUCAGUCUGGUCUAUUUUGGGCCUCUCAGGUUUUCACACUUAUUUAGUCGCCUCCAACCUGACAACAAAUGAAGAUAUCAAAGGGUCCUGGUCAAAUAAGAGGGGCUCAGAGUUUGCCAAUCCUUACAGCCAUAAAAGUAUCCUCACAAACUGCUGUGCAGUGCUGUGUGGACCAUUCCAUCCCAGCUUGAUAGACAGAAGAGGAUUUAUCCAGCCAGAUAUUGGGACCCCGUCCAGUCCUAAGAGUGAAAUCCCUUCCAUUGGAGCCAAAAGUGACACCAGCAUGGUAGGAGGCAUUCCCUAGCAGUGCUGUGAUGUUCCCAGUGCCUGCUGUGCCUGCACCUUGCUCCAGCCAGUACCUUCCCCUCACCAUCUCCUGGCCUCAGGCAGGACAGCCCUGUGACCCAGAGCUGCCAAAGACUCACUCGAGCCAUACGUUGCCUUCUUUUUUUUUUUACAGUUAUUUAUUAUUUUUU